AUGCAUUUAGCCACGACACUAUUUGUGCGUUCCCACUCCCUCCAACGCAGACACAUUUUAUGUUCCCAAAACAAACUUUGACAGCAGCUCAUAUGAUGUCACACUGCAUCUAAUGGCGGAAUUUCUCGUCCGUAUCAGCUCGGAUCUUUAGAUUAAACCCAUUCCGGGGCCGAUAGUGGCACGUUUCUAUCGGUUACAUCUGUGAAAUACUGCCCCGCAUCUGUUUAUCGUGCCAGGAAAUAUGUGUGCAGACAAAUUGUGACUUGGAGCUUUGUUGUGCAUGUGAAUACCAGUGUCCCGUGGAUAGUAUAAGCGUGUAAUUAUGGAGGUGAAAAAUGGCAAAAAGCGCCAGCAGCAGGCGGAGGACGAUGUCGAUUCCGGGCCCAAACGGCUUGAGAAAUCGCUGGCCAUGAUGACGGUAAACGUGGUGGAUCUUCUAAAGAAGGCCCCCAAAGGGAUACUGAACCUGGGCGACGCGACUAGAAUACUGGAAGUGCGCCAGAAGCGUCGUAUCUACGAUGUGACCAAUGUCCUCGAAGGAAUCGGCCUUAUCGAAAAGCACGGCAAAAACAGCGUCAAAUGGCGGGGAGACUCCCUAGCACCGGAUCCACGCGACGUGACUCGUCGCACCCGGGUGCUCAAACAUGAACGCGGUUCGCUUCAUCGGUACGAAUCGUUGAUCGACCGGCAGCUCCAAAUCAUCCGCCAAAGCAUUAAAAACUCCAAAAUUGACGAAACCAACGCUUCAUUUGCGUAUGUCACUAGCGAAGAUAUAACCGGUGUGUUUGGUGACCAAUCGACCAGUCUGGUGGUGAAAAACUGUUACCAAAACCAAAAGCCGAUGUGUGUGGAAAUGAGCUCGAAAACGCUAAGCGUUUCUUCGGAGGAAGGCACACCUUUAGAUGUUAGAUUAUUGCGGGAACCACAGGGGUCUUGCUUCAGUCGUCCGAUGAGGCGGGUUAACACGCUGCGGAGGCAACGGAAGUCGCACCAACUCAAUCGGAUAGACGCCCGCAGGCGGGACAUCAAAAGUGCAAUAGAAUUGUGGCAAGAACUGGAUGCUAAAUUAGAUAGAAUAGCACAAGCGGACGCAUGCGACCGGGACCGUCUGGAACGAGUUUUAAAUGCCGAACUUUUACUCGGCAAAGAUCUCACAAGACACAGUCGUUUCCUUCCGCGAUUUUUCUCAGAGGAAGAGGAAUCAGACCCAAAUUCACCGUUCAUUUCGCUCGAGCCACUGGAAGCAUGUGGGUAUCCUUUUUCGCUGUCUCCUAGCGAGGGAGUAUUUGAGCUGUUCGAUUUAGACCAUCCGUCCACAGUUGAAAUCAAAUGUGCAACGGCAGUUAUUGCGAAGACGAACGAACGAUCUCCGAACAAGACGCUCACGAUUCAGGAUAGCUCGACGUAAAUUAAAUGUUUGUGAUCUUUUUAGGCAUUGUGUAAUGAACAAUUAUUCCUUCCAUCAUGAACAAAAAUUCCACACUUAGAUAUAAUUAAUUUAUGAGACCAACUCUAGAUGUCAUGGAUAUUCAAAAUUUAUAUUCACAUCAUCACUCUAUGUUUUAGUUUUUUAAGAUAGCGGAUCGCACCCACAAAAUAUAGUCAUUUAAUGGAGAAUACUAUCAUUGUUGCAAUAAAAGCAUAUGAAUGCAAUGUUCA